AUAGCGUUACUUUUCCUGUUUGCUUUUCUACCGUUCAAAUUAUAUUACAAUGGCAGUUAAAAUCGUUCAUUCGUGCUUGGUUUCCAAGAUUGCCAUCACUCUAUCAGUCGUCAGUUUGUUGUUGUGCUGUGGUGUGUUUUUAAGAACAGAAUUGAUGCUAAACGAGCUGUAUUCAAGAGAUAUCAAGCUGCCAGAAAAGAUGACUUCAAAACACGAAAUGAACGAUAGACAUAGACCAGACAAAGAUCAACUUUCAAAACGAUCAGUCAUGAAACAAGAAGUAAAACGAAAUGAAUAUGUUCUAAGAAGAAAAAUAAGACAAGUUACAAAUGGAUUAAACAACACCGUUGAGCUACUGACUGAUUUAUUAUCAAAGAAAAUUGACCAAAAGGUCGGUAAAGCAGUAGCCAACUUACAAGCUGCCAAAUACUGGAUUCCCAUUCCAGGACCUCCCGGUCCACAAGGAAAACCUGGCCCAAGAGGACUGAGAGGACGCAUGGGUAAAACUGGACGUCGAGGAAAACAAGGACCGCGUGGUUUUCCUGGAAAAAUCGGACUUCCUGGUUCCAGAGGAAUGCCUGGACCUAUGGGACCGAAGGGACAAAAAGGAGAUGCUGGCCCUUCCUUAGAACGUCCAAGCGUUAUCAUUUCACCAACAUAUGCCAUCGUCAAUGAAAGCCAGUCCGCCAUCUUACAUUGUUCCUCUAGUGGUUAUCCUCGACCUGAUGUUGUGUGGAGUAAAAACAACGGUACAUUACCACACAAACGAGCAGUAGUUGAUAGCACUGGCAAACUUGAUAUCAAACACGUGACAACCAAUGACUCAGGAAUCUAUCAGUGUAAGGCUUCUAAUCUUCUUGGCAGCACA